UUUUCCUUGAAAGAGUCUUCCAUUUCUCUCAUUCCAAACUACCCACCAAAUAGCAAAAGGAAUCAUGCUCCACAACUUAUGAUUAGUAUAUAUUGCUGAGCAUGCAUUAAAUUGGUUGCAUAGUCAUCCAUCGAUCAUGGCUCGAGGAGGGAAAUCACUAACAUUGAUGAAAACAAAGAGGUAUACUCAAGAAGACACAAGGCCGGCACCGCAAUGGGUGAUAGAUAUCAAACAAGAAGAAACGGAUCAACUAGAUUUCGGAAAAUCAUGGACCAUUUAUAGAGUUCCUACAAACCUCUUUGAAGUUCAGAAAAGCGCAUUUAUUCCAAAAAUCAUAUCAGUAGGUCCUUUCCAUUAUGGUGAUAAGAGUUAUAAGGUUAUGGAAGAACACAAGAAGAGAUUUUUGUUUCGUCUAUUAGGAUAUGAUAAUAAGAGUAAUGUAGGUGAUUAUAACUAUGUAGAUUUAGAGAGCAUUGAAAGACUUAUGUAUGGAUUGGAGAGAAAAACAAGAGAAUGUUAUUCUGAGAGUUUUCCUGGUCUUUCUGUUGAUGCUUUUGUUCAGAUGAUGGUUAUGGAUGCUUGUUUCGUUAUCGAGCUUCUUCGUCUUUACCACAACGUCUCCUCAUCCAAUGACAUUGAGGAAGAGGAAAGAGCUGUAGCUGAUCCAAUCUUUACAACCCGGUGGAUGCUUCGAGCCCUUCAACGCGAUUUAAUGAUGAUACAGAAUCAGCUUCCGUUCUUUGUACUUCAAGAAUUAUACCGUUUGAUUAUUUUAAAUCCUAGGAAAGGUGGUCUCGAAGAUAACAUCUCGCUGAUCGAUCUUACUUUGAAGUUUUUCGAUCCACUUCUUCCAAAAGACGAAAAUGAAAAUGUAGACCUAGACCCAGACCCCGAAGAGUAUCGUCACCUCCUUCACUUAUUCAGAAAGAGCUUCAUUUCUCCGAUUAAGCGCAAAAAACCACUAAUGCCUCGAACAGGUAGUACUGCGACAAAACAUACGAUUCAUCCUCAGUUAAGAACUGAAAGCACUCGCCUUAAGCAAGAAAGCCAUUUCAUACAGUGUGUUACAGAACUGAAAGAAGCAGGAAUUACGCUCCUGGAGAAACCAGAGAAGAGCAAUAUUGACAUAUUCGACGUCGAAUAUGAAAAGGGAGUCUUGAAGAUCCCUACUCUGUUUAUCGACGAUAACACUGUGCCUCUCUUUCUCAACUUCAUAGCUUAUGAGCAGUGUGACAAAGAUGCAACUCCUUACUUUACCAACCACUUUAUGUUCUUUGAUAGAUUAGUGGAUUCGAUCAAAGAUGUUGAAGCCCUACACAGAACAGGAAUCAUACGCCACAUUUUCGGCAGCGAAAAAAAGGUAGCGUAUUUGAUUAACAGGUUGUGCAGAGAGAUUGUUUAUAAUGUGGAUAAUUGUCAUUUAUCUGAACAAAUGACGGGAAUAAACGAAUACUACAAGGCGUAUCAUGCUAAUAAGUGGUAUAUUUGGUGGACAAGAUUGGUUCGUGAUUACUUUAGUAGUCCCUGGACAGUUCUGUCUCUGCUUGCGGCUUGUCUUUUAAUGGCGUUUACUGCUGGACAGACUUUUUAUGCUCUGUACGGUUAUUACAAACCAAGAAAUUAAUUCAUGCACUGUUAUGUGGGGUUUAUUAAGUAGUAUUAUGAUGCUUGGGAUCCCAUGCUGUAUUUCACUUUACCGAAAAAAUGAAUGCCGCUAAUAAGGGUACCCAUUUGAAUUUGCUUGGAG